UUAACUCGUAUUCGAUUUACUUGCCUACGAAAUUAACAUCACAUAAUGUGUAUAUAGAACUAACUGUCUAAAAAAAAAUACAUGUGUAGCUUACCCUAUCGAAAAAUUCAUAGCUUACAUUUUGCAAUGGGAAAGAGAUCUAUAUCGAAAAGCAAGCCUAAGGUCCGGGAUGGACGAAAGACGACAUUAUCCACCAAGGUCACAGCAGGAGAUGCAGCGAAAAGUAAUUCUACUAAGAGUGGAGUCAAGACUGAAAGUCCCAAUAAAUUGGAGCCACCAAAACCCGAAAUGGCCUGCAGUCUGCAGCAAAUGAUUAUGGUUAGCAUUGAGCCACAUCGUCAUAGUGGGAUAUUUCUGGCCCGCAGCCGGGAUGAUGCCAUCAUGCUGCUCACUCGUACUUUAGCGCCGGGCAACGAUGACUGUAGUGAACAGCGUUUCAUUGCCGAUAUGGCUGGCAAACGGUAUGAGUAUCGCUCCUGGUCGCCCUUUCAAUCGAAACUAGCCGCUGCGAUCCUAAGCGGGGUUUCCAAUAUACACAUUGGCCAUGCCUCGAAGAUAUUGCUUUUGGGUUCAGGACUCGGAAGCACUAUAAUGCACGUUGCCGACAUUGUGGGCGAAUCGGGCACCGUAUAUGCCGUAGAUCAUGGAGACUGGUCGGAAGGCCUCUUGGCUGUGGCGCAAAAAUACUCCAAUAUUGUGCCCAUUAUCGAUGAUGUCACCAUGCCUUACAAAUAUCGCAAGAUUAUCUCGGAUUGUGUUGAUAUGAUAUUCAUUGAUACGCCCCAGUUGGAUCAAGUUCGUACCCUAAUGUUGAAUUCUCGCCACUAUCUUAAGGUGGGCGGGAAAUUCGCCAUAGUUUUGCAGUCCGAUGUCAUUGAUGGCAGCACUCCGGCGGGAGAGACCUUUGCCAAUAAGAUUAAGCGCCUCAAACAGGAACAGUUUCAGCCACUGGAACAGAUUGCUUUAGAUCCUUUUGCACCGGGUUACAUUCUCGUCGUGGGACUAUACAGUCUUGGGCCAAUUCGUCCCUCGAAUAAGGAAAACCAAAAGGAAAAAGGCGAUCAAUUUCAGUCACACGCAACAGAAUAGUGAGAAAUAAUUGACUGUUAUAAGUACGUUUUUCUAUAUCUUUAAGAAUUAUUAAAUAUUGAUUUAAUGCAUUGAA